UCUGUGAUACCCAGGUUCUGUGAUGUCCCUUCCUUCCCCAUGAAUGGAAUCCUCUAGCUGUGCACGUUCUGUGUUGGUAAAGGAACUGUAUUUUAAACCUCUUUGUAACUCUGGUGUGAGGUUGAAUUAAGGUUGGCCAUAGGAACCUGCAAAGGUUAAACUACAUGCUCUUGGUUUUAUCAGAAGAUUUGCACUCAGAGGAAAGUUACUUUUGCUAUUAAGGUAAGUUUAUGCAACAGAAAAAUGUUGAAAGAACAUAGCAAAAUCAGGUAACGUCAAAUUAAAUUGUGGGAAAAAUAAGAUAAAAUGCUUGGUUUGGUAAUGAUUUCUAUUUUAGAACAUGCUUAAUCGGAGGUCCUUCAGUGAUGUAUUACCAGAGUCCCCAAAAUCAGCACGGAAGAAGGAGGAGGCCCGUCAAGCGGAAUUUGUCCGACUCGGUCAGGCACUGAAACUGAAAAGCAUUGUAAAAGGGGAUGCACCAACUAGUUUGGCUGCGACAGGCCUGUGUAAAAAGGAGCCUUGGGAGUCCCAGUGUUUCUGCAAUAAUUUUCCUUAUGAAGUUGUUUGUGCGGAUUCUUGGGGCCAGUCCUUGCUAGUUUCUACAGAUGUUGGCGUUCUGCUUAUAGAUGGUGGUCAGCCUUCAAUACAAGUAUUUGAUAAAACUCUCCAAGUAAAGCAGAUGCACGUGCUGGAAGCUUUGGAUCUUCUGAUUAGCAGAGCAGACAGAGGGAAGGAUUCUCGACUUCUUGUCUUCAGGCUGAGUGCUGUACAGAAAGGCAUUGAGACAAAGCAGAUGGCAAAGAACAAGUAUGACUGCAGAGAGAAUAAACUGGAGAAAACCAAAGGCUGUCAUUUGUAUGCCAUUAACACUCAUCACAGCAGCGAGCUGAGGAUUGUUGCGGCUAUUCGGAACAAACUGCUCCUCAUCACAAAGAAAUACAAUUGUUGCAACAGUUUAACCAACGCCUCUUUGAUGUCACCUCCAUCUGAAUCACCAGUAGAGGAAUUCCAGUAUAUCAGGGAGAUUUCUCUCUCUGACACUCCCAUGAUUAUGACUCUUGUGGACGGACCGACUGGAGACAAUGAUAAUAUGAUCUGUGUAGCAUAUCGGCAUCAGUUUGAUUUAAUUAAUGAAAGUACAGGAGAAUCUUACAGGUUGCAUCAUGUUGAAGCAAGCAGGGUUAAUUUUGUUGCAGUUAUUGAUGUAUAUGAAGAUGGAGAAGCUGGUUUACUGUUGUGCUAUAAUUAUGUCUGCUGCUACCGAAAGUUAUGCCCCUUUAAUGGGGGUUCGCCUUUGGUCCAGCCAUCAGCAUCUGACUUUCAUUUUAGCUGGAACCAGGUUCCUUAUUCUGUGGUUUGUGCUUUUCCUUACAUCCUGGCCUUCACUACUGAUUCCAUUAAGAUCCGGUUAGUGGUGAAUGGGAACCUAGUCCACACAGCUGUAGUGCCUGAGCUUCAACUUGUAGCAUCAAGGUUGGACAUUUAUUUUAAAGCUACUGCGGUGGCAAUUGGAUCGUCUAAUAGCAGUUCCAAGGAGACCAGUUCAAAGAGCUCUCCUCAGACACCAAUAGCUCAUGAAACACCAGAAUUCCCUCUGUCCUCAACAGAAGGUGAAGUUCGGUAUAAAAACUUGUACAAAAUUCCUCUCAGUAACCUGGUUGGUAGGAGCAUUGAACGUCCUCUGAAGUCGCCUUUAGUCCCUAAGGUCAUCACUACCCCAACGCCAAGUGGAAUCACCUCUGUCCCUGUUACUCAUUCAUUAUCCUUAUCGUGUAUGGAAAUUAAAGAAAUAGCAAUCAGGACACGCAAAGAACUACUGGGCCUCUUGGAUGAGCCAGUUCCUAAGUCAGAAGGAGUGCAGAAGCAAAAGAAACUUCCUCGAAAACAAUCAGACCAUAAGCAUGGAGCAAUAAGGUCAACUAGCAGUGACAGGAUAAUUUCAAGCUCCUUUGAAAGAAAUUCUGAAGGCCGCCACCUUUCCACCAGUUCGGAUCCUGAUACUUCAGUAAGCAGGGAAGAGAGUCCAUCAUCUAGCUACCUGUUUCAGCUUACUGCUUCAUUUGAUGAAGACAUCAUUGACUUGAAGUGAAGACAAUCUACAGAUCCCUGUUCUUUUCUUUAAUUUUAAUUCUG